CUCUCUCUCUCUCUCUCUGCCCCCUUCCUUCCACCUCCCAUCUCCUCCUCAAAUGUGCGCAAACCAAUCAGCAGGCUUCUCAAGGCUCGGGCUCUCGUGCUCUUUCUGCCAGCAGCAGCAGAAAACGCUUCUUAUCAAAGAAACGCAUAACUGGAGCAGUCCAUUCACUCACAGCCUCUAACCAUGGGUCCUGCCUGCUUCUCUUGGGACGUCUGUUUGUUUUUCCUCCUCAUAAAUACUUUAGAUGUCAUGGGAAAUGUCGGAGUCGCAGAUGCCGACGAGUGCUCCGAAUCCACAGACGACUGUCACAUCGAUGCUCUCUGCCAAAACACUCCAAAGUCCUUCAAGUGCAUCUGCAAGACUGGUUACAAGGGAGAUGGCAAGCACUGCGAAGAUAUGGAUGAGUGUGAAAAUGACUACAAUGGUGGAUGUGUUCACGACUGCAUCAAUAUACCCGGGAACUACAGGUGCACAUGCUACGACGGAUUCAUGCUGGCAGAUGAUGGGCACAAUUGUCUAGAUGUGGAUGAAUGUCUGGACAACAAUGGCGGCUGUCAGCAGAUCUGCGUGAACACCAUGGGCAGCUACGAGUGCCAGUGCAAAGAUGGUUUCUUCCUGAGUGACAACCAGCACACCUGUAUCCACCGAUCAGAUGAUGGGAUGAACUGUAUGAAUAAGGACCAUGGCUGUGCCCAUAUCUGCAGAGAGACUCCCAAAGGUGGUGUGGCGUGUGAGUGCCGCCCAGGAUUUGAGCUAGCUGAAAAUCAGCGUGACUGCAAAUUGACAUGUAACUAUGGAAAUGGUGGUUGCCAGCACACAUGCGAUGACACCGACGUGGGGCCCGUGUGUGGAUGUCAUCAGAAAUAUGCCCUGCAUUCAGACAGCAAGACCUGCAUUGAGAAAGAUGAGGCUGCAAUUGAGAGCUCUGAAUUCAAUGCCACGUCAGUAGCUGAUGUGGACAAGCGGGUGAAACGUCGUCUACUUAUGGAGACCUGUGCGGUGAACAACGGCGGUUGCGAUCGCACUUGCAAGGACACGGCCACCGGGGUGCGCUGCAGUUGUCCGGUGGGCUUCACCCUUCAGCCCGACGGCAAGACCUGCAAAGACAUUGAUGAAUGUUUGGAGAAUAACGGAGGAUGUGAUCAUUUCUGCCGGAACACAGUGGGCAGUUUUGAGUGCAGCUGUCAGAAAGGACACAAACUCCUGACUAACGAACGCACCUGUCAAGAUAUUGACGAAUGCUCCUUUGAGAGGACAUGUGACCACAUCUGCAUCAACUACCCGGGAAGCUUUGAGUGUGUGUGUCACAAAGGUUACAGUCUGUAUGGCCUCACACACUGCGGCGAUAUUGACGAGUGCAGCAUUAAUAAUGGCAGCUGUGAAUACGGCUGCAUUAACACACCGGGCAGUUACGAGUGUGUGUGUCCUCCUGGUAAAAAGCUCCAUUGGAACAAGAAAGACUGUGUUGAGACGGUAAAAUGCCUCCCGAAUGGAAAGCCAACACCUCGUGCUCAGCUUAGCUGCACCAAGACAGGUGGAGGGGAGGCGUGUUCGCUGUCCUGUCCAUCAAACGCACUUUUCCUGGCAGACUCUGAGAACAGUUACACACUGAGCUGCGGUGUACCUGUCCAGCCAGGUAAAGUUCCAGUGAAGAGAAACGUCACUACUUCCAGCAGCAGCUCCCUGCAAACCUGCACAGAGAUGCUGGCCCAGCCUGUGAAGCAGAAAGCACGCUUUAAGAUCAAAGACGCAAAGUGCCACCUGAGACCCCGCAAUAAGGAGAAACACAGGGAUAUGGGAAAGCAGGGCCUGCAGGCUGGUCAGUUCCCCUGCACAGAUGACUGUCAGGUGACAUUUGUGAAUCUGAAGUGUGACUCGUCCAAAAAGCGCCGUCGUGGCCGCAAGUCUCCAUCCAAGGAAGUCUCCCACAUCACAGCGGAGUUUGAGAUGGAAAUGAAAGAAGAGGAAGCCUCGGAAUCAUGUAAUGUGGACUGUGUGCGUGAGAAGACCAAACAGAGGCUGCAGAAUGCCAUGCGCACACUAAGGAAGUCCAUCAGUAAGCAGCAGUUCUACAUUCAGUUCUCCGGCACGGCGUACGAGGUGGCCCAGCGUGCCGUGCGGCAGUCAGAGGGAGAUGAGACAUGCAGUAUAGGACAAGUCCUCACCGACGGGAAGUGUGUUAGCUGCGGUGUAGGAACAUUCUACAGCGGAGAACAGGAACAGUGCGUGAUAUGUCCACCAGGAACCUAUCAGGACAGAGAGGGCCAGCUGUCCUGCGAGCCCUGCCCCAGCACCGAGGGACAGGGCAUCGCAGGGGCCAAGAACGUCUCAGAGUGCGGAGGUCAGUGUCCUGCCGGUCAGUUCUCUGUUGAUGGUUUCCGUCCAUGUCAGCCUUGCCCUCUGGGAACCUUCCAGCCUGAGCCGGGCCGUGUGUUGUGUUUCCCUUGUGGAGGAGGACUCAUGACUAAACACACGGGCAGCACGUCCUUUAGAGACUGUGAAGCCAAAGUUCACUGUGCUCUUGGGCAUUAUUAUAAUGCCACCACGCACCGGUGCAUCCGGUGUCCGGCUGGUACCUACCAGUCUGAGUCAGGGCAGAACUACUGCAUCACCUGCCCUGGAAACACCACUACAGAUUUUGACGGCGCUAACAAUGUGUCUCACUGUAAAAAUCAGCUAUGUGGGGGUGAGCUGGGAGAUUUAAUGGGCUACAUCGAAUCUCCCAACUAUCCUGGUGACUAUCCAUCUAAUGUGAACUGUGUCUGGACCAUUAACCCUCCGAACAAGAGGCGCAUCCUUAUUGUUGUACCAGAAAUCUUCCUCCCUAUUGAGGAUGAGUGCGGGGAUGUUCUUGUCAUGAGGAAGAGUGCCCAGCCCACUUCCAUUACAACUUAUGAGACAUGCCAAACUUAUGAGCGACCAAUUGCCUUCACCUCCCGCUCACGCAAGCUGUGGAUCCAGUUCAAAUCUAAUGAGGGAAACAGUGGAAAGGGAUUUCAGGUUCCGUAUGUCACUUACGAUGAAGACUACCAGCAACUUAUAGAGGACAUUGUUCGAGAUGGUCGACUUUACGCUUCAGAAAACCACCAGGAGAUAUUAAAAGAUAAAAAGCUGAUUAAAGCUCUGUUUGAUGUGCUGGCUCACCCUCACAACUACUUUAAAUACACCGUGCAGGAAUCAAAGGAGAUGUUCCCACGUUCCUUUAUCAAACUGCUACGCUCCAAAGUCUCCAGGUUUCUACGGCCGUAUAAAUAGAAACCCGAACAUUUCUUCCACAACCCCGGCUCUAUCCCCAUCUCUCUUCCUGUCUUUUCUCCACUAGCUCCCAGAAGGCCUCACUACUGCAAGAAGAUAAAGACGUUUGGCCUUCUUCCUGUCUGAGAUUUGUCCAUUUGUCCCUUUUUGUCUUUGUUUGUUUUUUGUUUGCUAAUAUUUAUGUGCUUGAUUUUGCAAAAGCCCUCUUUGGAUGUUUGAUAUCUAUAGUAUAUAUUUGUAUAUGUGUGUAUGUAUAUAUAUAUGUGUGUGUGUGUGUGAGUGUGUGCAAACAAAAAAAUUAUGUGCAAGCUUAUGGCGUAUUAGAACACAUACAGACACACACAGAUAUAUAUUCUUGUUUUGAAAAGGUUAUUUUCAUGCCCCUAUUGUGCACAAGGGGUUUUAAUAUCCUAGUGCACUUAAAGUUUUCUUUUCAAACUGUAUGAGAAAGGAUUCGCUUUCCACUCUGACCACAACAUGAAAGACAAAGCCAGAUAAAUGAAAGAAAAAGUAAAAAAAAAAACAAGAUAAAAGACAAAGACUACCUGUCGGUACGAGAGUUUCGUGUACGUUGUUUAAAUAGUAUUUGGAGCUUCAAUUGCACUUGAAUUUUAUAUUGUAGAGAAUAAGGAAUCUUAAGUGUUUCUUAAUGUUUUUGUUGUAUAGAGAUGUUUUACUUUGGUUGUAGAAACAUGAAAUGUCCAAACUUCCCAUAUACAGGAUGCAGAAAGAUCUAUCUCUCUCCUGAAAACAGAAACAGAUUUCAUAAUAAUCAUCUCAAGAUAAGGUUUUUUGCCGUUUAAUAUAAAAAAAGUGUUGAAGUACCAUAAUGUUUCAUUGGGUCUGUACCUAGCCUGACAAGUAUAAGAUUGUUUCUAUCAUGUGUUUUAAUUUCACAUGAUGCAAUGAGUUUGUCAUAACCUGGCUGUUAUUGUGCAUGGGACAUUUGGAGGAAUUGUAAAUAUGGAUUUUUGUUUGAGCUGGUUGUGUCAUAAACUCAUGGAAAUGGGAGAGUUUUGAUUCAGAACAACAAAGAAUUCCAUUUGGAUUUAGAGUCUUAUAGUCUAUUACAUAGUUAUAACACAUCUAUUGCAUAGUAAUAACAUAUCACCUUUGUGCUGUGCACAAAGACACAUAUUUUGCUCUUCUUGUUGAACUGUGGAUGAAAAUCAGAGGCUGUUUGUUGAACAGAUGACAUACCCGAAGUAUGUGAAUGUUGGCUGGCUGAAAAAAAUCCAGAGAUCAGAUAAUUUCACCUCAUAAAUCAGCAGAAUGCUAAAGCAAACAAACAAAAAAUGAUAGUGUGAGUGUCUCUCUGUGUAGUUCUGGAACAGUUUUAUUCAAUAUCAUUUGCCAUUUUGUGAAAACUGACAUAGUGAUCUUUGGUGUAUGGACUGUAGAGGAGUGAGAGAAAAGGCAGAAAAAUAAAAACCAAACCACAAACAUCUAAAUGUGCCAUAAAGUCACAGAAAUACAGAUAAUAUUAACUCAUUUUACAGUAUUCUGCUUUGUUUUGCAUAUAUUCCAGUUUGAGAGGGAGGGACGGAGUGAUCAUUCUAAAGCUGCUUUGUUAUAUGAGCACUUAUUCAUGCUUGUAUUUCUAAUAUCCACAUAUGGACAGGGAAACACAAUCUCUCUUGCAUCCAGCAUAAAUACACAUACCUUCAUGCAUGCAUACACAAAUGCAUUACCUAAUCCGUAUUAUUAUGCUAUCACAGUAAUUUAUGAUUUGUGAGAUAACCGCAGGUUGUCUUUGAUUUUUUAUUUUUUUUUUGUUUGGUGUUAAUCACGUUAUAGUCUCAUUUGAUUACUAAAACAAAGGCAUGUGACUAUUUGAGGAACUGUUGGCGUUAGAAAAGAAGACGACGAAUGUUUGACAUGUAAAAUCAACUAAUACACACACCUCCAUGGCUACACACACACAGAUAUAAGUACUUAGCCCCUCAGAUGGAGAGAGUGACUCAAGACUGCUGCUGGCGUGAUUUGUAAGCUUUAUGAAUAUAGAUGUGUAAAUGAUGUACAAAUGUUAGUGUUUUUUUAAGUUAAUAUUUACAGUAGAAGGAAACAGUAUACUGGGGAAGGUGACAGUCUAACAUGUACAGGACUGUUCUGAAAGGCUGUGUUUGAUAGUAUGCGUCCCAUCAUGAUAAAUGACCGCAUUACAGAAGAAUGAACAGUUCUGCAGUGUGAAAUCAACCCCAGAGGAUGUGUAGAAGAGAAUGGGAACUAUUGUUAAGACCUCACUUUAUUAAUAAAUCAUUCAAAUCGUA